AAGGCAAAAACAAACACGCAAACCGCAAAACGCAGCCAAAAAUUAUAUAAACAAAUCUCUUUAUUCUCUAACAGAUAAUAACACAGUAGAAAGGAAAGGGGAAAAAUCAACAAAUCAGCUGAAAAAAAGGGGGCAGCCGCUCGAUUUAGGUUUUUCCAGCGAUGCCGAAGAACAAGGGAAAGGGAGGUAAGAAUCGGAAGAGGGGAAAGAACGAGGCCGACGAUGAGAAGAGAGAGCUCGUCUUCAAGGAGGAUGGCCAGGAAUACGCGCAGGUCAUGCGCAUGCUCGGGAACGGCCGCUGCGAGGCCACGUGUAUCGACGGCGUCAAGCGACUCUGCCAUAUCCGCGGCAAGAUGCACAAGAAGGUCUGGAUCGCCGCCGGUGAUAUCAUCCUCGUCGGCCUCCGCGACUAUCAGGAUGACAAGGCUGAUGUGAUCUUGAAAUACAUGCCCGACGAGGCUAGGCUGUUGAAGGCGUACGGUGAGCUGCCGGAGAACACCAGGCUGAACGAGGGUAUCGCCGGUGGGCUCGACGAGGAAGACGAUGGCCCCGGCGACGACUACAUUGAAUUCGAGGACGAAGACAUUGACAAACUCUAGAUCCACCACCUCAUGUUGUAAGGGCCAUCUUCUUGCACAUUGCCUCCUCUUUGUAUUCUUUAUGGGGGUUUUUAUCUUAUGUCUAAUGUUUUUUUAAGAAAUAUGGUGAAAGCUUUAUUUGGUCUCUAGCUGCAGUGAUGGGAGAGCUACAAUUUUCAUUUAAAUUAUUCAUCAGCCAGCAUCGUUUGAACCAAUAUAUAUAUAUAUAUAUACACUUGCUUUGCUUGA